UGCACUGUUUAUCGCAAACCGACAAAAGGUGCAAAAAGAGCGCGCGCAAAAUUUCCAUCAGCUGCCGCGACGACGAUCAUCCCAGAAACAUUCGGAAAAGCCGCAAAGUUCUAGUUCUAGUUUCCGCAGUAGUUAAUCUCGAUUCCAAUAAAAAAUGCCCCGAAUUGUUCGUCGUCGCACCGCCACGGCCGCCUCAUCAGCAGUGGCAAGUAAUGUGCCCGAGGAAAGUAAAGAAAAUUGCACUCCCCCACGGCGGGGUCGUCCGCCACGAAGAAAACUGGACAGCACUCCGAAGGAGGAAGAGAAAGAGGAGCAGGAGGAGGACGUGGAAGUUUCGCCUCGGAAGCGGGCCAAAGGACGAGUUCCGGCGGAGAAGGAAGCGGCAAGCGUGGCGGCUGUGGGAUGCCUUCCGGAGCGGGAACGCGAAACCGAACAGCUGGCGAGUUUCGUGGAAGGUGUUCUGGCGAGUGGGGGUUCCGGCAGUGUGUACAUCAGCGGUCCACCCGGGACGGGGAAAACGGCCACCCUGACGAGGAUCAUCAGCGAUGCAAAGCUGGGACAGAAAUUGAAGAUGGUGUAUGUGAACUGCACGUCGAUUGGAGCGGCCGGAGGAAUUUACAAGAAGAUUUGCGAAGGGCUGAACUUAUCCGUCGGAGGAACCACGGAGAAGGCCCACCUAGCGGCCGUUGAGGCGUUUUUGAAGAAGAAGCACAAAACGGUCAUGUUGGUGUUGGACGAAAUCGAUCAGCUGGCGAGCAGUAAGCAAACCGUGCUCUAUAACAUCUUCGAGUGGCCGGCCAGACAAGGAUCCAAUCUCAUCCUCGUGGGAAUCGCCAAUGCGUUAGAUCUAACCGAUCGUCUACUGUCCCGACUGCAAGCAAGAUGUGAGCUAAAACCGCACCUGAUCCAGUUCCUACCGUACUCGAAGCAACAGCUGGUAAACAUCCUGCGGAACAACCUCCAGCAGAAUCAGAAAUCCGAGAUGUUCAACGACGCCGCCCUGCAGCUGUUGGCGGCCAAAGUCGCUUCCACUUCGGGCGAUGCUCGCCGAGCCCUUCUACUGACCCGGACUCUGGUCGAGUCCACAGACAACGAGCACCGCCAGGAAAAGAAAUCCCACCCAAAUCAAGCCCAAUCCCCGCCGAAAGCCGUCCAAAUCCGGUCGGUCGUCAGCACCCUGAACCAGGUCUACGGAACGACCCAAACCAUGACCGACGACGAAGCCUUCCCGCUGCAGCAGAAGCUUCUGGUCUGCGCCCUACUCCUCAUCCUCAAAGCGAGCAAAAACAAAGACAUCACCGUCGGCAAGCUGCAUCAGGUCUACAAAUCCGUUUGCGCCAAGCGAAAUCUCCUCUCGGUGGACCAGGCCGAGUUCAGCAAUCUCUGCUCGCUGGUGGAAACCCGGGGCAUCCUGCGGCUGCAAGGUAAGAAAGAACCGCGGCUGAACCGCGUCCAGCUGCAGUGGGACGAACAGGAGGUGCACAAUGCGCUCAACGAUAAGCAACUGAUUGCCAGCGUGCUCAGCGACACGUCCUGUGUCAAGUGAGCCGGUGAUAAUUUUUAUCGAAUAAGUUUUUUUUUCUUAUGAACUGGCGUUUUAAUUUAUUUUGACUGCUUUUUAAUCCUAAGACCAAACAAUAAACUAUUGAUA